GACCUUAUAGAGUUGCUUAGCUUUUCAAAAUUUCCUUCUUCAGACUUUCUCUAUGGUGUUGGCUUCUCUUCUUUGACGAAUGCCCUAGAGAAUAACCCACAUUUUCUCCUCCUCCUCCAUUAUUUUUUCUUCUUUAAUUCCAAUUUUUCCUUUUUCUCAUUUUUCAUCACCAUAUAGAACAUUGUAAGAUUGCCUAUGGAUCAAGAAAUUGGUGAGAUCAUUUAAGAACCUACUCCUUUAAUUUCUCUUCUCAGUACCUUUGAUUUUGUUUUCCAUAACUUUGAAGUAUCUCUUUCUCCAAAUUUUUAUAUUUGCAUAUCAAUCUAGUCAAUUAAUCCUUCUCUUCUUUCAUCUUUUCUUGCUUUUCAUUUUUCUUAUUUUCAUCACCAUGCAUGACUAAUUUAUGUUUUCCUUUUAGGUCAAGUGAUUAUCUUAAACCCUCCUGAGAUUCUAUUACUUUCCAUUUUGUUUGCUUUGAAAAACAAAAAUCUCCUAUUUUGAUCUUUGGGAUCUCCAUAUAACCUCUUAUUCUUCCUUCUCAUCCAUCCAUUUCAUCUUUUUUUUUUUCUUUCAAUUUCGUAUAGUUCUGUUACCAUGAAAAAUAGAUCUAAAGUUGCUUCUGGGUCAAGUAAUGGCCAAGAGCCAUCUAAGCCGAACUUAGAUGUGAUAUCAGGUAUAAACAAUGAGAUAGAAAAUCAACAGGCAAUGGGCUCAGUUCAUCCAUGCAUCUAUUGCUCAAAGGUUUUCUCAACACCACAAGCUUUAGGUGGCCAUCAAAAUGCCCAUCGAAGAGAGAGACAAGAAGCAAAAUGGAAAUAUCGCCAGGCAAUUAGAAAUCGCUCUUGUUCUCACUCAACAAUUAAUAUUUCGGCAAAUUUUCGUGAUGGAGAACAUGUAUCUAGGCCCAUCCCUGCAAUGCAAGUGCAUGGUUUAAUGCCCCAGGUUGGGUUUGUUCGUGGCCAAGUCCCAAUAAUUGGAACAUCAUACCCAUAUCUGUUGCCAAUAGAGGGUAUGGAAUGCCAUCUACAACCUGGUGAAUUAAAUCUUCUGAGAGAAGAACCAAAAUCUUUGGUUGAAGAAAAUGCAUGUUCAUAUGCAAAUGAAGUCGACUCUGGAAAUGUGGACUUAACUUUGAAGUUGUGAAAAAUGUUCGGGAUCUCUCUCUCUUUUGUAUCUUCUUGUCUUUUUUUGCUAUUGGGUAAUGUUUGUCCUUAUGCUUUCCUCAUAAAUAAAACUAUGUAAAUAUUCUUUAUAGGGAAAUGGCAUUGUGUUUGUCUA